AUGAAACUCGACGCUAAGGCUAUUCGCUACCUCACCUCCGAAGAUUUCAGAGUUCUUGCAGCGUGUGAAGCUGGCAGCCGGAACCAUGAGGUCGUUCCAACACCGUUGAUCUCGCAACUUUCGGGCCUCCGAGGCGGCAGCGGUGUCAAUCGCGCAAUCUCAAACCUCGCGAAAAUCAACUUGAUUGCAAAGGUCAAGAAUGCCAGUUAUGACGGCUACCGACUCGCAUACGGAGGAUUGGAUUAUCUUGCGCUGAAUGCGCACCAAAAGUCAAAGGUCAUCUAUUCGGUUGGUAACCAAAUCGGCGUGGGAAAGGAAUCAGACAUCAUCGUGGUGGCAGAAAGCAGCGGAGCACAGCGCAUUAUGAAAAUCCACCGUCUCGGCCGUAUCUCGUUCCGAACAGUCAAGACAAACCGUGACUACCUACGACACCGCAGCUCAGCCUCAUGGAUGUACAUGUCUCGAUUGGCAGCAAUGAAGGAGUUCGCUUUCAUGAAGGCUCUGCGCGAGAACGGAUUCUCCGUCCCCGAGCCCAUUGCCCAAAACCGACACACCAUCGUCAUGGGUCUAAUCGAUGCUUUCCCUCUGCGCCAAAUCGCAAAAGUCGCCGACCCCGCUGGGCUAUACUCCGAGCUUAUGAAUAUGAUCUUGGAUCUUGCGCGAUAUGGUCUUAUUCAUGGUGAUUUCAACGAGUUCAACAUCCUUAUCAAGGAAGAACUAGACCCCGAAAUGAAGGGCAAAGAGCUCACUGAGGAAGAGGAAGAUGAGCAUAUCCGGCUGGUCCCGGUUCUCAUUGAUUUCCCGCAGAUGUUGUCUGUCGACCACGUUAACGCUGAAAUGUACUUCGACCGUGAUGUGGAAUGUAUCAAGCGAUACUUCAAGCGUAAGUUCCACUUUGUGAGCGACUCAAAGGGUCCUACUUUCGCCGAGGCUAGAAAGAAGCUCCUCAAGAACCCUGGCAAACGUCUGGAUGUCGAAGUUGAAGCCUCAGGUUUCUCGCGCAAGAUGGCCCGUGAGCUUGAGGCUUAUAUGGUAGACGUGGGAGUCAAAGGAGAUGGAGAGGCUUCUAAGGAUAGCUCCGAUGAUGAGGAUGAGGAUGACGAGGAAGAGUCUGGAUCUGAAGCCGAGGAGACCAGUGAUGCCCACGAGACCAAGGACUCCGAAGAUGUCGAAGACAGCACCAAGCGGUUAGAAGAACUUCGAGUCUCGGGAUCGGCGGAGCAAUAA